CUUACAUGUUUUUCUUCUCACAUCUAACAUUUGGAUCGUCUCUCUCCAUCGAAUUCUACUCAUCAACCUCCCUGAGCUACGUGAAAAUUACAUCACUGAAUUGUUUUUUUUUUUUAAGGCAGUCGAUAUGAGUAACAAUCUACAUGCAUCUUCUAUCCACACAGUGAGACAUGAUAUCAUAAAUUUUACAAACUACAGAUGUGGGUUUCUUUGAAUGGCACUCAGAAUCCCAUUUUGUGAAACAGUGUAUCAGCCAAAUACACCAGCUAACUAGUAUUUUGGUUAGUCUUUCUCUGAUUUGCCUGACUGACCCAUACAAGACACAAGCUUCUACUGUCUUAUUAACUUUUUCCCACACCUUCAUAUGCCUCAAUGACUCAUUUUCUUGAUUUGGUAUCACAACUUUAUUUUCUCAAUUCAUUAGUUUCUUUAUAUCUUUUUCACCAUCUACAUCGUAUUCUCAAUCUUUGCUCUGAGACUUGAAUAUUCCGGUUUGUUUCCCUAGAUGUGGUUGUUAAAAUCGAACAUGCUGCAUCUAUUCUGUGCUAAAUUGAGUAACACUCUAAAUUGUGUCUUUAUCUACAUACUACAGAUAGCCCUAGGCUUGUUAUUUCAAACUGAUUCACAUGCUCCUAAAUUUUUUGCUUCAUAUAGAACAUCAAAGCAUAAUCCAUGUUUGCAUGACGCAAAUUCUCUCUUUUUGUAGCGAAACUUUUUUCCCCUAAUCAAACGAGAAUAACACAAUGAAUCUUUGAUGAUGUUAUGGAAGAGUGAAAUAACCACAUCACUUUGGCCAAGUGUGUUUCUAUGUUAUGGAAGAACUGGAUGCACAUUGAUUGGCUUAGGAUUUUUCAAUUGGCUUGGAGAGAAUAUUGUUGGUUCCUAAUACAAUUCACUUAAAGGACUGGAGGAUGAAAUGGCUUCAUGAGAGGCUCCAAACAUAUGCCAUUGUCCAUGCUAUUCCACAGUUGGCAUAUUGUUGAAUCCUUGAAGGUGUAUCGAGAAAGACAUUUCAUGAUAUAUGAUGGGACUACAUGAAAGUUACACUAGCCUGGGGAGUGAAUAUUCCUCAUUUUCCGGUUGUGGGAGGUGGAUGAAACAUAUUGCUAUCCUUACCCUUAAAUGGGAGUCCAGAAAAUUGUCAUUGCUUAAUACAUGGUAAACAAACAGUAGACGCUCUAAAGAAGGAAAAAAAUUGGGUGCUCUUUUGGCUACGCAUACACUUUUAUUUGUUAGUGAGCUGCAAUACGACAUUUUAUUUCAUUACCAGAUGUUUGAAAACUCUGAAUGUUCCAAAUUCCUAGCAAUUAAGAAAAUUCUGGAACAUAUUUCUUGUUGUUUGUUCAGUAAUGCUCAUGGACUUUAUCUAGUUCCGCUAUGUUUGUCACGAAAGCCAUUUUAGGAUGUAACUGAGUGUCUUGUGGAGUUUAAAUAAUUAUAUCAUCACUGGUUUGUGUGACUGUUAGUUGUUUCGUGAGUGUGUACGUCUAUGGUUUUGCUCCAUACAUUAGUUGCAGAUACACUUAGCCUUUUAUCCUCUUAUUCUUUGGGCAUCAAUUUUCUAGUUAGUGGGUUGUAUAAUCUUUUUACUCUUAGCUUGCUACUUUUUUGUUUUUUUUUUCACUUUUUCAUUUUGCAGAUUGAGCCAAUCCCAAGUGGAAAUCUGCCUCCUGGGUUUGAUCCAAAUACAUGCCGCAGUGUGUAUGUGGGUAACAUUCAUUCACAAGUGACCGAACCACUUCUUCAAGAGGUUUUCGCAAGUACUGGUCCUGUUGAAGGCUGCAAACUCAUAAGAAAGGAGAAGUCAUCUUAUGGAUUCAUUCACUACUUUGAUCGUCGAUCAGCUGCACUCGCUAUAUUGUCGCUAAAUGGAAGGCAUUUCGUUAUUGAUUUCAUUUGCAGAUUUGGACAACCUAUCAAAGUUAAUUGGGCAUAUGCCAGUGGGCAGAGGGAGGAUACCUCAGGUCACUACAACAUAUUCGUUGGUGAUCUUAGCCCUGAGGUUACAGAUGCUAUGCUGUUUACAUGCUUCUCUGUCUAUGCUAGUUGUUCGGAUGCAAGGGUUAUGUGGGAUCAAAAAACUGGUCGUUCACGUGGUUUUGGCUUUGUUUCUUUCCGGGAUCAACAGGAUGCUCAAAGUGCUAUAAAUGACUUAACUGGGAAAUGGCUUGGCAGUAGGCAGAUACGCUGCAACUGGGCCACAAAAGGUGCUGGUACUAGUGAUGAAAAGCAGGGCUCGGAUUCCAAAAGUGUAGUGGAGCUAACUAAUGGAUCUUCUGAGGACGGUAAAGAGCUUGCCAACAGUGAUGCUCCUGAGAAUAACCCACAGUAUAUGACUGUUUUCGUUGGCAACCUUGCCCCAGAAGUUACCCAGCUUGAGCUUCAUCGCCACUUUCAUUCUCUUGGUGCUGGUGUAAUCGAAGAAGUUCGACUGCAGCGAGAUAAAGGAUUUGGUUUCGUGAGAUACAGUAAUCAUGCCGAGGCAGAUCUCGCUAUUCAAAUGGGCAACGCCCAAUCAGUUCUUUACGGUAAACAAAUUAAGUGUUCAUGGGGUAGCAAGCCAACUCCUCCAGGAACAAGCUCAAAUCCAUUACCUGAACCUGCACCUGCAUCUGCAUCUGCACCAGGGCCUGCACCUAUGUUAUCGGCUAGUGAGUUGUUGGCAUAUGAGCGGCAACUGGCAAUGAGCAAGAUGGCACUGAUGGGUCAGCAUCCUCUUAAACAAGCAAGUAUGGGAAUGGGUGCGGCUGGAGCAAGCCAGGCCAUAUAUGAUGGUGGUUUCCAGAGUGUUGCUGCUGCCCAACAACUCCUGUAUUAUCAAUGAAGACAUAUUGACCAUUGUUUUCUCUUGCAGCAGGCCAAUUGAUGUGCCUUUGCAGAUGAGUUUUAGGAGGCUUUGCGUCUUGUUUUACUUUUUUUUUCUUUUUCCGUCCCUAUCCCUCGCCUCCUGAUUGGGAGUUUGUUGUCCUACUUCUAUAGCUUUGCUUACUAUCAUUGUAUGUAAUGCUUAAUGCUACCCGUUUUAACCACUGAUGGUUGUGCUGCUUUCCUAAUCCUUUUGGUAGUUGAUAUCAUACACCUAUUUUGAAAAUCA